ACCCUGUUACUACGCCGACCAACAAAUCGAACACUAAACCCCGAAUUCUCAGCCAAGUAGAGCAACACUUCACAAAAAAUUGCCCCCGCCAUACUAUCACUCCCCUGAGCUAAAUGGAGUCUAUCCACACAUAACUAUUUCUUAAUAUUAAUUUUGGAGUGUGGCGAUUAUCAUCAAGAAGUUUGGGUUUCUCAUCUCUCCUUCCCCUGCUCCAGAUUCUACUCCUUCCCCUGACUCAUCUUAAGCAUCCAAACCUUCCCCUGCGCCUCAUUCUUUGUCACUACCGCUCUCCCAGUUCAUGUAAACUUGUUUUGCACGGCGGUUUCGCGGAGUUCCGGCGGUGAUGGGAAGGAUGAGGAGGAUCUGUUUUCCGACCUACCGGAGGAGAAUGUGAGCAGCAGUUUUGACGGUGGUGGUCCAGGUGGUGGUGAUGGCGAGGAGGAUGAGGACGAGGACAGUGAUUACGACUGCUCUGAGGAAAGCUCUCACGGGGAUGAUGAGUUCGAGGGCACGAGCUGGAGCAACUCAACCGGAAGAAAGAAGAACAACAACAAAAACAAGAAGAAGCAGCAGCGUCGUCUUCUCAAUGGCACCGCGGCGAGCCCUCUUCGUAUCCGGGCCGCGACAGGCCACCAUCCUCCAACAGCGCCUCGAUCGGCCGUCGGCGUGCCUCCGUCGUCACCGCCACCAUGACCGAGACUUACAUCAGCCUCCGCCAGGCGGUAAUUAAUUAAUUAAUUACUACUCUGUUCCAAUCACCACCACACUCUUUCUUUCUUUUUUUUUUUUUUGGUUCUCAAUGUAAAAUUAAAUGCGCCAUUGUACUCGGUACAUACCGCGGGAGUUUUCGGAGACGUACAUGAAGGAGAGCGAGCGCGUGGGGCUGAAGGUCGGGGAGAAAAUGUGGGAGAUGAAGCUGACGAAGCUCGGCGGCGAGGAGCGGAAGCGGAAGAACACCAGGAUCACGGGCGGAUGUCCAAGCUCGCCGUCGCUGCUACCCUACCAGUACUUCUUCCAUGAAAUGGGUGAUGGAAGAAGUGGUGUGUGUCAAGUUGAUUGAAUUUUUUUUUUGUCAAAUGGGU